GGGUUAAGGUUCACUGCAGUGAAGAGUUUGUUUUUGUUCAUUUGAAAAGCAAAACAAAGGUUUAUUUUUGAUAAGAAACCCCAAUGUUAGCAGCCAGAACAAGGAGAUUAUGGUGCACUACAGCAAAAUCGAGGACACCGUUCCGGGGAAACCGAUAGCCAUGACUGCCAACUGGAUCGGUGACGACCCCGCGUCGCAGAACCGAUUUCCGCGAACUUUAAUCUGUUGCAGUGCCCUGUUGUCGCUAAUUACGGUAAUCGCCAUCGCUGUAGUGGUGUGCAUGGGCCAGCAGAAGGGGGCGGUGAGCUGGGCAGCAGAAGAGGAGCCAAGGGCGGUGCCCAAACGAUUGGUUUGCUAUUACUCAACCUCGGAUGCGGAUGCCCUGAGACUGCUGGACGUGCCCGGGGACCUGUGCACGCACAUCAACAUCGGGUUGGCCAGCCUGGACAAUGCCACGCUGUGGCUGGGCCCCCGACUGCGGCAGGUACUGCAGAACGAGACGCUGGCAUUCCGGGCUGCCCACCCGCAGGUGAAGCUGCUGCUCUGGAUUGGCGGCGCCGACAGUGGAAGCCAGUUUGCCCGCAUGGUGGCGAACCAUGCGAUGCGCAAGCAGUUCCUGCGCUCCCUCAAAGCCCUGCUGCGGCUGUACCCCGCCCUGGAUGGCAUCGAUCUCGACUGGGAAUUCCCCAGUGCCUACGAGAAGGAGCGGCAGCAUCUCUCCCAGCUGCUCUACGAGAUCCGGCAGGAGUGGCGCCGCGAGCGCCGCCCAAAUGCCCUCCUCUCGCUGGCCGUGGCCGCCCCCGAGGGCAUCGCCUUCUACGCCUACGACCCGCGCCAAAUCAAUCUAUACGCGGACUAUGUCAACCUGAUGGCCUACGACUUUCACUUCUACCGUGAGGACACGCCCUUCACCGGCCUCAACGCCCCCCUGUACGCCCACGCCACCGACAUGUCCAUCAUGGCCACGUUCAACAUCAACUACACGGUCCACUGGUGGCUGCAGAACGGCCUGGAGCCUCAGCGUCUGGUCGUCGGGCUUCCCACUUAUGGCCACUCCUUCACUUUGGUCAGUCCAUUGAAUCAUCGGAUUGGGGCACCCGCCUCGGGCUAUGGAAAGUGCGGCCAUUACGGCUUCACCACGCUCUCGCAGACCUGCGAAUGUGCCGCCAGAUACCUGAAGCCGCUCUAUUUCUACGACACGGAGACAUGCUCGCCGUAUGUGAGCGGCCUGCAGGAGUGGAUAUCGUACGAGAACCAAACGAGCAUCGCCUGCAAGACAAACUACAUCAAGUCGCUGAACUUGGGCGGCGUCAUGGUCUUCUCGCUGAACACUGAUGAUCUAAAGAACUCUUGCCGUUUCCUGGCUACGUCGGACACGUCGGGGGACAACAAGCCAGUGUUUCCUCUAACCGAAGCGGUGAAGGGUAUCCUACAGGGAGAAGGAGCACGAAUGCUCUGAAGGAACUGUAGCCGCUCCAUGCGUUGUGUCCGAUCGAGCGCUGUGUCCGCUGUGUCCCCAGCCCGUUUAACUGAUCGACGGAGAACGGAAACAGCUUUUGUACAUAGUCAUAGACACGAUAACUUUUAUGUUUAAAUAUAAAUUAAAUUAUCACAA